CAUUAGCAACCCCAAAAAUCAUAAAAAAUUCAUAUAGAGGGGGAGAGAUUUCCCCCUUCUCCUUCUCGGAAGCACAUCCAUAUGCACACAGAGUCAGAGAUUUUACACACAGCUGAACCAUGAAAUCUGUACACUCACAUACAUGCACACCAGUUGAUUGAGAAGUAGCAGAAAUUUAUUAAAAUUCUUAGUGCUUUUUGCUGAUGUAAUUGAGGAUGACGGGUCGAGAAGGCGGGUACGUGGUCCCGGCGGAUCCUCCGAAUGCCGUCGGCGGGUUGAAGAAAAAGGGAGCCGGGUCGCGGAGCUGGAUUUUGAUUGAUUCUUCUGGUCAAGAAAUUAUACUGGAUGUUGAUAAAUACGCCAUCAUGCACCGGGUGCAGAUACACGCUCGUGAUCUUCGCAUUCUCGACCCCCUCUUGUCUUACCCAUCCGCCAUUCUAGGCCGUGAGAGAGCCAUUGUUCUCAAUUUGGAGCAUAUCAAGGCUAUCAUUACGUCUGAAGAGGUCCUUCUUCGUGAUCCACUGGAUGAUAAUGUUGUUCCUAUAGUUGAGGACCUCCGAAGGCGGUUGAAACCGGUGAAUGCUAAUCGGGAAGAUAAUGGAGAUGGCAAGGAGUUAGCCGUGCACCAUGAUGUUGAAACGGGUGAAGAGGAUGAUUCUCCGUUUGAGUUCCGGGCCCUCGAGGUCGCAUUGGAAGCCAUUUGCAGUUACCUUUCUGCCCGCACAAUAGAAUUGGAAACUGCUGUUUACCCAGCCUUGGAUAUGCUUACGUCAAAGAUUAGUAGCCGUAAUUUAGAUCGAGUACGGAAGUUAAAGAGUCAAAUGACAAGGUUGACUGCUCGUGUACAAAAGGUGAGGGAUGAGUUAGAACAGCUUUUGGAUGAUGAUGAUGAUAUGGCAGACCUUUACUUGUCCAGAAAGUUGGCCGGGGCAUCACCAGUGAGUGGUUCGGGUGCUGCAAGUUGGUUCCUUGCGUCGCCUACCAUAGGAUCCAAGAUAUCUAGGGCCAGUAGAGCAAGUGUUGCUACAGUUCGUGGAGAUGAGAAUGACGUUGAGGAACUUGAAAUGCUACUGGAGGCCUACUUUAUGCAAAUUGAUGGCACAUUCAACAAAUUAACUACGCUGCGUGAAUACAUUGAUAAUACAGAAGAUUAUAUUAAUAUCCAGCUCGACAAUCAUCGAAACCAGCUCAUUCAGUUAGAGCUCUUUCUCAGCUCUGGAACCGUAUGUCUAUCUAUUUACUCUUUGGUAGCCGGAAUCUUUGGUAUGAACAUCCCAUAUACAUGGAAUGAGGAUCACGGAUACAUGUUUAAAUGGGUGGUUAUCUUCGCAGGGACUUUUUGUGCAAUACUGUUUAUACUCAUAAUUUCUUAUGCUCGGUACAAAGGGCUCGUUGGAUCUUGAUUUUUUCAGAAUUUAUUUGGAGAUUCUUGGAGUCGAGCAGCGAAUUCAUCCAAUUUAAAACGGAUCUUUAAUUGUGAAUUGAUUUAGAUAACCUUUGAAAUCUUGACGGAAAGAUGAGAAAAGGGGAGGAAAAAAACAGAGCUCCUACUGUUUCGAUAUAUACAAGUUCAAGGUUAGCACCUUCGUUUUCCUUCUCCCAUCUUCAUCUUGAUCUAGCUGCUGAUAAUUUUUGGGCCAUAAACGCUUAUACGCUGGUAUAUGUAUAUCAUGAUUAUGCAAAUCUGUUGUAUCAUAAGUUUUUUUUCAGAUAAUUGAUUGGAAUUGGUGAGUUGAUAGCUAAGCAUCUCUGGUGUAGUUUUAUUUGCUUUUCAGUUUUUCUAAGGCAUUUUCA